AUGUCUCGAAAUCUCUCAUCGACACGUAGCAGUAAAAAAGCACCUGAUUAUGAUCAAAAGAAGACUGCUAGUAAAAAGAGAGGUUCGCUUCAAAGUCACUUUGAGGUCGGUCAAGAAUCCAAUCAGGUUACACAAGUACGUAAACUCGAUCAAAAAUCAAAAAACAAGCUAGCAAAGGACUUGACAGCCAUAUGUUCUAAGGAUUUAACUGCUGCCGAUUUUGAUAAAAAAUUACGAUCUAAUGCAGAUAAUAAGAGACUAAUAAAUGAUAAUAACCACUCUUCCGAAACUCAUGUUAAGCCAGUUGAUGUUGCUCCGAAAGAAAUUAAUUUAGACAAUGAGAAUGAAUCUCCUCCACAAGAACCAAUGGAUGAAGAAAUGCAAAGUUAUCUUGACUAUCUUGUCGAAAUCAACUCCAACCUUUUAUCGUAG